AUGGCCACAGCUAACUGUCUGCUGUCAGAGGAGAGGUUCCUGUGUUCUGUCUGUCUGGAUGUGUUCACUGAGCCAGUUUCAACGUCAUGUGGACACAAUUUCUGCAGAGCAUGCAUCAACACGUAUUGGGACAACAGUAACAUUUACCAGUGUCCAUAUUGCAAACAAGAAUUUUCACCAAGGCCUGAACUCCAAGUGAACACUACCAUGUCUGAGUUAGCUGCUGAGUUUAAGAAGUCAGUUCAAGUGAAAGCCUUCACUCCAGACCCACAGUUUCCAGAAAUAGCAGACGUCCCCUGUGACAUCUGCUCUGAGAUAAAGGAAAAGGCAUUUAAAUCUUGCCUGAUGUGUCUAACUUCUUUUUGUGAAGUGCAUCUUGAACGUCAUCUGAGAGUCGCAGGUCUCAAGAGCCACACAUUAAUAAACCCUGUGAGGAAUCUUGAUGACAAGAUCUGUGAAAAACAUAAUAAGAUAACAGAACUGUACUGCCGGACUGACCAAGUCUUUGUUUGUGUCUUAUGUUUAAAAACUGAUCACAAGAGUCAUAAUGUUGUCCCACUCGAGGAAGAAUAUGAAGUAGAGAUGGCAAAAAAAGACGACGCAAUGGCAGAUAUUCAGAAAAUGAUUCAAUCACGGUCCGAGAAGAUAAGUGAGAUUGAAAACUCACUUGAUGUUUGCCAGAGAGAAAAGGAGAAAGAGAAAGAGGCUAGCGUGCAGGUCUUCACUGACUUGAUCUGCCACCUUCAGAAAAGACAGGCCGAGCUUGUUGAGGCAAUUGAGGAGAGGCACAAACCAGAAAAGGAAAAGGCUGAAGGGUUUCUCAAAGAAAUAAGGAUGGAAAUCGCUGAGCUUGAAAACAGAAGCAGCCAGCUGGAGCUGUUGUCACAGUCUGAGGAUCACCAUCAUUUUCUGCAGAACUUCAGAACCUUGUGCUCUCCUUUAAAGAAGGAUUGGGCCAAUAUUGCUGUUGGCAAGGAUCUGUCUUUUGAGGCAGUAAGAGGAGCUGUGACUCUGCUAAAACAGAGAGUUGAUGAAAUACUGGAAGAGCUUCCUGAGAUUAAAAUGAAAAAAAUGAGAGAACAUGCUGUGGACUUGACUUUUGACCCUGACACUGCAUUUUGCACACUUGUCAUUAGCGAGGAUGGAAAACAAGUUACAAAUGUAGAUGUAGAUCAGAACGUCCCCAAAAAUCCAAAGAGAUUUGAUAUGUUUGCAGAUGUUUUAUCAAAUGAGGGAUUCACAACAGGGCAGUUUUACUAUGAGGUGCAGGUGAAAGGAAAGACUUGUUGGACUGUUGGAGUGGUCAGAGAGUCUGUUGAAAGAAAAAAGAACGCAAACCUGGGAGUUGAGAAUGGGUUUUGGACUUUUAGGUUGGAUGAGGGCAAAUAUGCAUGUAGCAGAACAAUCACACUGAAAGACAAGCUUCAAAAAGUGGGCAUCUUUGUGGACUAUAAUAAAGGAGUGGUUUCUUUCUAUAAUGCAGAUUCUAAAUCUCAUAUUCAUUCUUACACUGAUCAACACUUCACAGAGAAACUUUAUCCAUACUUCUGCCCUCAAGUGAGCGAAAAUGGAACAAACUCUGCCCCUCUCAUCCUAACCCCAGUACCUCAAACACAAUGAGUUUCAUUCUCAUUUUGAUUGUCCUCUAGAGAUCACAGAGAUAGUAAUAAGUGUUAACAGCAACUUUCAAAUGAAACUUGUAAUCAAACUACAUUUAAAAUGUUUUCAAUGCAUGCAUUCGUAUAUAAAA